AUGGAUCCGCUCCAGCUGCUGCCACUUCUCCUCGUCGUCAUCGCUGCGGCUGCGACCGCCUUGUCCUGGGGAGCAAAAAAAGUGGCGGAGUUUUUGUGGCGGCCAGUCCAUCUGAGACGGCUGCUGCGGAUGCAGGGGCUGGAGGGUCCUCGUCCCAAAUUCCUUGUAGGAAACAUGGACGAGAUCACGAGGAUGAAGGAGACAGCCUUCCACCAGCCCAUGGAAAUUGGGGACCAUAAUCUCCUCCAGAGAAUCUGCCCAUACUACUUGGAGUGGUCCAAGCUCUACGGACGAACAUUUGUGUUUUGGUGGGGGACGGAGCCCAGAAUCACGGUGACAAGGCCCGACAUGAUCAAGGAGAUACUGUACACAAAAGCAGCACACUUUGGAAAAUCAGCGCUGCAGCGAAAAGGUGGAGCCGUGCUGCUGGGCAAUGGCCUGAUCAUGGCGAACGGCAGCGACUGGGCUCAUCGCCGCGCCAUCGUCUGCCGCGCUUUCAAGAUGGACAAGAUCAAGGAAAUGGUACCCUCUAUGCUGGAGAGCACCAAGAAUCUCAUCCGGAGAUGGGAUGCUCACUUGGAGCUCAACGGGGGAGCUCCCUGCGAGGUGGAUGCUUAUCGCGACCUGGCUGUUGUCACAGCCGAUAUCAUCGCUACCACGGCGUUUGGGAGCAGCUAUUCGGAUGGGAUCAAGCUCUUCCACACAUUGACAUCCAUCCAGAAGCUGUUUGUUCAAUCCAAUAAGUAUCUGUGGCUCCCAGGAAGCAGGCUUCUCCCGACGAGAACGAACAGAAAGAUCCGCAAGCUCCAGAGGGAGAUGCAAGCUUUGCUCCAGGAUCUCAUCAAGGCUCGCCUCUCGAGCCCGUCACUGGGCACCGAUCUACUGGCUUUGAUGCUCUCUGCAGUCGAGGAGGAUCCCGGCAAUAAGGUGCAAUCAUCCAAGUUCAAGUUCACAAUCCAGCAGCUGAUCGAGGAGUGCCAGACUUUUUUCUUCGUCGGGCACGAGACGACGCUGAUGCUUGUGACUUGGGCAAUGAUGCUGCUGUGCUUGCACCCGGAGUGGCAAGACCUCGCCCGCAAGGAGGCGAGACAAGUUCUCCAAGAGUCAAAUAGAGUAGUGAACGCGGAUACGCUCGCAAAACUGAAAACGGUGGGGAUGAUCAUCAAUGAAACGCUGCGACUGUAUCCUCCAGCCCCGAAUCUAGUCCGAGCAGCACUCCAAGACACUUGCGUGGGCGAUCUCUACGUCCCCAAAGGCACCACCUUUUGGAUCCCCAUUCUGGCCCUUCACCAGGACAAGCACCUCUGGGGCGAAGAUGCUCACGAGUUCCGGCCACAGCGGUUCAGCCAGGGCGUAUCCAGGGCUUGCAAAACAUACGAUUUCCUCCCCUUCUCUUCAGGACCCAGGAUAUGUGUGGGCCAGUCCUUCGCAAUUAUGGAGGCCAAGCUUAUUUUAGCCAUGAUUCUCCAGCAUUAUCACUUGGGUCUCUCGCCCCGCUACAAACACUCGCCGGUUUCUUCCGUCACCCUCAAGCCAGGGUUGGGAAUGCAGCUCAUGAUCAAGCGCUGUGACUAACUUGUUUAGAUUUUUCUUUCUGCUUUGAAAAUCUGUAGACUAUGAUGAA